AUGCAGGUGAGUCGUCGAUGGGGAGGGGGGGGAUGUUCUACCGACGGGUUAAACGAGUCAGAAGUUUCGACGCUCACGGCGAUAAGGCACUGGGAGAGAUGUGUCGCUGCAGGGUCGCGGGGUUUAAGUAUGCGAAGGCGGCAAGGCAAAGGAUGCCGCGGGAGGCAGAGUAAGGAGCGAUGGGGAGGUGCAGGACGCGGAAGUACCUAUAGUAAUUUGACUGUAUCUUGGGUCAAGCAGGAGACACAGCAUGAAGAAGACGAAGAAGAAGACGAAGAAGACGAAAGGGAGAGGAGGAGGAGGAGGAAAACCGGACAGGUUUCAAGGUGGGAUUGA